GUCGCAGUCAAACCGCACAAAAUGUCUCGUUCGAUCUUUGCUUUCUUCGUGGCCCUGGCAGUGCUUCAGGCCGCCUCUGCCGUCGACAUUUCCAAGUACAAGAGCGUUCGCUUGGAAUUCAACGAGAGUCAUAUGGUACUCAAAACGAAACUGCUUGGUGGGGGUGACGAGCGUGCAUCCGGAUUUAUUGGGGACUUAUUCGUCGGCCAACGUUAUGCUGACGAAAUAGUUUUCCGGCGAGUGGUGGAAUUCGACAAUCCCACGAACACAGUUCAAACCACUUCAUUGAACCUGUCUAUCACUAAUGGUGUUAUCCACUACGUGAGCGCAAGAAACAAUCCAGGUAGCUACGCGGUGGCUUGCAACGAUCCAUCCAGUCUAGGAUCAUCCCAGAGCAGCAUUCACCUUCGAGUGCCACCUAACUCGAAGUCCAUGUUAACUUUGACCAUCGCUGCGCAUAAUCAAGUGUACAGUUUUCUAUAAAUCCGAAUUAAGGUUAAUUGAACGGGUUAGAUAACGCUCACGGCGUAUUUGUCCAUCCUAUCAAUUUGAAAUGUUGAUCUGCCUAUUGUAUCUGACGACACUUUAUCGUGGAAUAUGUAACGUUGAUAACUAUGGACCACGAAACAAGGAAUUCAUCGAUUAUUGCGUUCAAUUAAUGGAUCUUUAUGUUGAUUUUAGAUAGAUUAAGUUAUGUAGUUUUAUGUAAGGUAGAAUAAGAAAAAAAAAAUAAAUGUUGCA